AUGCCCAUUCGAGUCAAUAUUCCCCCUGCUACCCGCCUAUUCCUUGUUAGCCUUCUCGCCUUUUCCUUACUCUACAACAUUGCUCGAUGGCGUGAACUCGACUACACCGGCGCCGUUCAAUCCACUCCACUCAUUCCCUACUUGACUCUCGUUCCCUCUCGUUUCUUCUACUACCCUUGGACUCUGAUAACUGCCACCAUCGUUGAGCAGAAUAUCUUUACAGUGCUCCUGAAUGCGGCUACCAUCUUCUAUGGUGGCAAGUAUCUCGAGCGUGCUUGGGGCUCCCGGGAGUUCAGCAAGUUUAUCGCAGCUGUCACCCUGAUCCCUAAUGCCGUGAUUAUUCCUAUUUACCUCAUCUGGGGUGCUAUGCCUGGCCAGCAAACCAGAGGUCUUACCCAGAUCUGUGGUGGUGUUGCCAUCCAGGCUUCCUUCCUCGUCGCAUUCAAGCAACUUGUGCCGGAACACAAUGUCGCUAUCUUCAAGGGUCUGGUCAAAAUGCGCGUCAAGCAUUUCCCGGCCCUCUUCCUCCUUCUCAACGCCCUCAGUGGAAUUAUUAUAGGAACGGACACCGCCGCCGUCUUGGCUUGGAUUGGCAUCCUGACUAGUUGGACGUACCUCCGUUUCUAUAAGCAGCAGCCCGACCUGACUGGAACAUCAACCAACGGUAUGGGUAUUAAGGGUGACGCCAGCGAGACCUUCGCAUUCGCCUGCCUCUUCCCCGAUGUGAUGCAACCCCCAAUCGCUUUUGUCGCGGACCAGAUCUAUGCUGUGCUGGUGGCGGUCAAGAUCCUGAGACCCUUUUCGGAGGAUGAUAUCGCAUCUGGAAAUCAACAAGUCAUGGCCAGAGGGGAAGCCGGUCUACCGACUCUUCUUACAAACCAACGUGGAGGAAGCUCUCGUGGUAAGCGUGAAGAGGCUGAGCGCCGCCGCGCUUUAGCACUCAAGGCGUUGGACCAACGUCUACAAGCUGCUGUAUCAGGCGGUCGCUCAAAUGCCGGCCCAUCAUCACUAGCGCAACCCAACUUAGGACAACCGCGCCCAACAACACCGACUCCGUCUGCCUCCACCGGGCAGGCCAUGCUUGGUGGAACCAAUUAUAAUCCAGAUCACGCAUAA